AUUUUGAUGCUAUGCUGUACCUAUGUAAGUUGUCAUUUCUUAUGCUACCUGUGGACACAUACUGGCGUUUGACUUAGGAUGUGGUCUUUCCUUGUUUUGUAUUUACUGUGGUCUUUGGUUUUAUAUUACUGACUGUUAGUGUUCUUGAAGAAUGGAGUGGUAAUGAUUUUAUUUCAUGGGGGAAAAAUGUUCAUACUUCGUUGAAAAGACGUCCUGAAGUCGUUUAUCAUCUUGUACAAACAUUCUUGUUUGCCUUUAUGGCUGUAACUCUAUUGUCGCCGCAGGAAUAAUUUGUUCACAGGAUUUGUGGAGCUUUUGUCGAAAAUUUAGCUGACAUGUGCGAAGGCUAAAAUUGGAAGUUCCUUGGUUCCGAUAAUUUUGAUUGUUUUGGUGUUGCAUCAGAGAAUGGAAGGAGCGUUGAACGAAUUAAAAGAUUUGAAAGAGUUUUACGACCCGGACACAGUGGAUUUAAUGAGAUUUAUCAAUGAGAAAACGGGAAAAGGGAGAUCUUUCAGUGGAAGUAUGCAACUUAUGGCUGCAGUAAAAUUGUGUACAGACAGACGAAUAACAAAUCAUCCACAUUACGAAAAUAAAUUAUUGAGACUACGAACAAAGGAGAUCUAUCAAAUUUAUGCCAAGCGAACGCCGAAAGACGUCUAUCAUUUGCUGCGAAAACAUGGAACUGACUAUGUGAUCUUAGAAAAUAGUAUUUGUUAUUCUCGACAAGAGUUAGGUUGUAAGAUUAAAGAUAUCUUAGAUUAUAAUAACGGUCAUGUUAUAGAGGGUGGAGUUGCCGAAAGGGGUCUGGUACAUAGUGAUGUUUCCCGCUUCUGUCAUGCAAUUAAAUCAGGUGACGAGGAAUUUAGUUUAUAUUUUAAUUUAAUUAUUUAA